AUGCCGGCCAGCCAAAGACUUCCGGACGACGGGGCUAACGAGGAAGACCAAAGCCAAUACCAUCGAAAUGCUGCCAGUAACGAGGACUUAGAUGAAAAGUAUCCUAAUCGACCACACAAUCACUCACGAACUCUAUUCUUUGGUGAUCUUUUGACCGAUUUAUUUAAUCCACUGAAUGAGAAUAAGAAAAGACCUAGUGGCCCCAAAAUCGCACGUGCAAAGGUUGGCCCUCAUGGACCGGGUGUUAAAUCAGCGCAUGAGGUUCGUCGGAGUAUCAUUGAGAGAUUCAUAUCAAAAUGGCGGACAGUUGUUGGCAAUGACUUCUACCCUGCGCUGAGAUUGAUCCUUCCUGAAAAGGAUCGUGACAGACUCAUGUAUGGGUUGAAAGAAAAAGCAAUCGGGAAAAUUGUUGUCCGGAUGCUCAGUAUUGCCAAGGGAUCCGACGAUGCCUCAGAUGUUCUGAAUUGGAAGUUGCCAGCCAAGAAUGCGUCGACUCAGAUGGCGGGUGAUUUUGCUGGAAGAUGCUACGAGCUACUCAAGGGACGAGCUAUGAUCAACGGUAAAGGUGACAUGCGUAUUGCAGAAGUCAAUGAAUUAUUAGAUGAUCUUUCCAAGGAGGGAAAAGAAGACGCGCAACUAAAGAUCUUCGAUAAGUUCUACCAUAGGAUGAGUGCAGACGAAUUGAUGUGGUUAAUUCGAAUCAUACUUCGUCAAAUGAAAAUCGGAGCCUCUGAAAAGACCAUUCUGGAGCUCUGGCAUCCCAACGCAGAAGCCUUGUUCAAUGUGUGCUCGAGUCUUCGUCGUGUUUGCUGGGAGCUCACCGACCCAGAAAGCAUCUUAGACUCUGAGGACACAGGUGUCGAGCUCAUGGCUUGUUUUCAACCUCAACUUGCGCAAUUUCAGCAACACAACUUUCAGAAAAUGGUGGAUAAGAUGGGAAUGCCUGCCGAAAAUCCAGCCUUCUGGAUUGAAGAGAAGCUUGAUGGGGAAAGAAUGCAGAUGCACAUGGUUGUGGAUGAUAGUCAUCCAGGUGGAAAACGAUUUGGAUUUUGGUCGCGGAAAGGUAAAGAUUAUACUUACCUGUAUGGUGACGGCUACGAGGACGACAACUCGGCCUUGACUCGACACAUCAAGAACGCUUUUGAUCCGAGACUAAGAAAUAUCAUUCUCGACGGUGAGAUGAUUACAUGGGACCCCGACAUAGACAAAAUAGUAGCUUUCGGUACUUUAAAGACAGCCGCUCUAUCAGAGCAGAAGAACCCUUUCCAGACGUCUGGUCAACGACCGCUUUUUAGAGUUUUCGAUUGUUUAUAUCUCAAUGAUCGAGAUAUUACAAGGUAUACGCUGAGGGAUAGAAGAAAAGCUCUAGAAAAGGUACUUACUGAUGUGUAUCGACGAAUUGAGCUGCACCACUACGAGGAGGUACAAGAAGCCCAGGCUAUCGAGCCAGCUUUACGACAAGUCGUGGCUGAGGCGUCAGAAGGUCUCGUUCUCAAGAAUCCAGAGUCACCCUAUCGCUUAAGUAUGCGUGAUAAUGUGUGGAUGAAAGUCAAGCCGGAAUACAUGAUGGAUUUCGGAGAAUCUCUGGACUGUAUUGUCAUCGGUGGUUACUAUGGUUCUGGUCGGGCCAAUCCGAUGAAGUGCUUCUCCUUCUGCAAAGUUGGUGGUGGGUUUAGAGCAGAAGAUUAUGCAGCAAUCCGGCACCUCACAGGAGGCAAGUGGGUUGAUUGGAAUCGUGACAAUCCACCGAACGAGUUCAUCGAACUUGCGGGUGGUGACAGACAGCUCGAAAGACCUGACAUGUGGAUUAAACCAUCCGAUUCUGUUGUUCUCGAGGUUAAAGCUGCAUCAGUCGGUCCAUCUGAAUCUUUCAAGACCAACUAUACGUUGAGAUUUCCUAGAUUCAAGAAAUUGCGAGAAGACAAAGACUGGCAGUCUGCAUUAUCUCUCUCUGAGUUUGCACUUCUCAAAACCAAAGUCGAGGCAGAAUCCAGUCAGAGAGGUUUCGUCGUUCAAGCCAAACGAAAAAUGACGAAAAGACUCAAGAAAGAGGUCGUGAUUGCAGGCACAGAUAGCAAGAUCAAAACGCCAUACGCAGGACCACAAACAAAAGUGUUUGAAGGGUUGGAUUUCCACGUCAUGACAGACAUGCUCCAACCAUUCAAGAAAUCCAAAGCAGAACUGGAGCAAAUGAUCAAAGCAAACGGCGGAUCCAUCUACGCCAGUCCCACAGCAAAAGAGCACAUCAUCUGUAUCGCCGAGAAGCGGCCCGUCAAAGUAGCCAGUAUCAUCAAGAGAGGCGAAACCAACAUCGUCCGGCCAGCCUGGCUAUUCGAUGCUAUCCAGCAAUCCGAGAUCGACGGGCCGCAUCGCUCAAGAUUCCUGAUCCCGUUCGAACCUACCCAUAUGUUCCACUUGAUCGAGAGUUCUAGGGAGGAUAUCGAGGGGAACGUGGAUAUCUAUGGGGAUAGUUAUAUGCGUGAUAUCACGCCUCUAGAACUGGGGAAGUUGUGCGAGGAGAUGUUACAUCCCAAGACUCAAGACUUUGACGCCGGGAUGUUUCGGCUGCAACUCGAAGAGCGUGGGCGAGGGAUUGGAGAGUUACCUGGGAACAUCUUUGGACGGCACAUGAUCAGAUUCGUGUCGUCAGCACGUACAGAUGCGGAGAAGGAUAUCGAUCUCUUUCUACUUCGAACGCAGUUUUCCUUCGCGGGUGGCAAGAUUGCGGAAAGUGAUGGUGCGGAUGGGAUUACGCAUUUUGUGGUUGUUGAUGAGGGGGAUGAAGAUGUGGUGAGUGGGUUGCGGAGGAAGAUUGCGGAACGAAGGGGUCCGGUGCCUAGGAUUGUGAGGUUGAAAUGGCUGCGGGAUUCUUGGGCUGAGAAGACUGUUUUGGAUGAGGAGAGAUAUGCUAUUUAG